AAAACUUAUAAGGAAAUUGUUGUAUCCGCAAUAAAAGGCCUUUAAAUAUUGAAAAUUUACAAUAAAAAACCGUCUGUUAAUUAUCCUGAAAAGAAGAUCUCGCCUUGGAGUUAUUUUUAAAAAUACCAUUUGGUGAAUGUUUGCAUUGGGUGUUUUAUUAUUGAAGAUAUAAAAUGACUAUAAGUAUUCAUGAUAAAUGGACGAUUGGAGCAAUCACUUUAAUAAUUUCAAUUUACUUUCUAUUUGUGUUGUUCUUUUCCAUUGAGUAUGUGAGAGUUUAUCGAAAGUCAAAUAGUUUGGCAAGUACCCUGGUUCAUCAAAAUCCAAACAAUGCUCGAGUUAAUUUAUAUCUCUCCAUACGGAAUAUAUAUAGUUACUUGGUUGCUCAUAAGUUUUUUCUAAACGUACUUUUAUACAUAACUUUUAUUUUAGUAUCUAUUCCUUUCGUUGGGAUAAAUACUGCAAAUGUUAUAAGUCCAAAUGAUUGGAAUUUAAUAGGCAUAGCCGCUCGAUUGGGAUACCUGGCAUCUGGGAUGUUCUUCAUAUCAUUCUUUUUCAGCUUAAAAAACAACCCUUUUUCCCUGAUGCUUUUCUCCUCUCAUGAAAAGAUGAAUUAUUUACAUAGACAAUUGUCAGUUAUUGCUCUUUUAAUUGGAAUGAUUCAUGGCUUUUGUUUUCUCUUAUGGUCCGCAAAAAACUAUAAGCCUUUACUUACAGAUAAAAUAACUUUAUAUGGAUAUGCUAUUGGAAGCUUAAUUAUCAUCAUAUUUAUUAGCAACCUUCCUUAUUACAGAAAGCAUUAUUACGAAUUUUUCUUUGCGACCCAUCAUCUUUGCAGUGCCGGUUUCUUAUUUCUAAUUUGGAGACACCAUCCAGAAUCCAUUAAAUAUAUGAGACUCUGUAUGGUUAUGUACCUCUUUGACCGAUGCUGUCGAUUAUUUCGUAGCAUAAAAAAUCGGUGUCAAUUCGAUUUCUUCAUCCUAGAUGUUAAUUUAAUUUACAUGAAAGCAAAAAAACCGAAGCAUUCUUUUUUCUCUCUACCAUGGGCUGCUGGAAAUCAUAUUUAUAUCAACAUACCUUUCUUGAGUUAUUGGCAAGUACAUCCUUUUACCAUGCUAAACAUCCCUACAGACGAUUAUAUUGAACUUAUUGUAGUGGUUCGUUCAGGCUUCACGAAACGCUUAAAUGAUUACCUUCGAUAUCCAGAGAGUACUACUGGCUAUGAAGGAAAUCAAGCUCGUCAGAUUUUACCAUAUAACAAGGUCCGUAAUUACUCUGCAAUAACAGAGGAAGGGAUCCAAAGCAACAUAGACCUUUCUCUUCCCUUAACAAUGAAUGGUUGCCUCAAGAGUUUGACGGCUUUAGUUGAUGGACCCUACGGGCCUAUAAGUAAUCCUUGCACUAUUUACUCUAAUGUGUUGCUACUUUCAGGAGGUGUUGGUGUUUCAUAUACUAUGCCAAUUAUGAGAGAUUUAAUUAUAAACAAAUCGAAAGCGAUCUCAAUUAAAUUUGUUUGGAGUUGUCGUUCAGCUAAAUUAUUAGAGCUUUUUUACAAGAUACUUGAAUUUUCCUUGAACCAAAGUCAUGCCAAAUUGGAGAUAAUUUGUCAUUUGACGUCCAUUAGUAUCUCUCAUCGUGAUCUUCCGAUAAUAUCUUCUAAGCAAGUCGGUAAUUGUAAACUCCAAAUUGUUAAGGGAAGACCUGAUUUUAACUGGUACAUCAAAAAUUUCGCAGAUGAGGUAAAAGAACAAACAUUUUGCAUGACUGCAUGUGGAUCAAAUGCUUUGUUAAAAACCGUAAAAAAUGCUGUCACCGAGAAUAUUCGUUCGACAAGCGAUUUAUACCAACAUUAUGAAGAGUUAUAAGACGUCCACAUACGAGGAGGAUAAAUACGGGAAACACCCAUGAUAUUUAUUUUAAACUCUCUAACUCGUUCUUUUAUUGUAUAUUUAAAUGACCUAUAACUAUAUUUAUGAUCUUCGACAGAAUGCUUAAUUUACGAAAAGACCUGACAAUUUAUAGCAUGUUCGUUUACAGUAAUUUCAU